AAGUUAACAGGUUUCAAAUAGCCAUGGGUAGGAUCAGAAGAAGAAUCCAAAAGCACCGUAUCAACGAAGAAUACGACGUUGAUUUCUUUAGACAACGUUUGAUCGUCACGGUCACUCAUACUACCUCAGUGAUCCGCCGAUGGAUCCAGAGCAUCCGCUUCUUCAGCCGUCUUCGUUUGAAACACCCUCUCGUUGUCGGUCUCGGCGUCCAAUGGACUCCAGGUGGUUCCGAUCCUCCACCGGACACUCUCCAGUUAUGCGUCGGUAUCCGCUGUCUCAUCAUCCAGUUGUCUUACUGUAAGCGCAUGCCUAGCGUCCUUCGAAGUUUCUUGGAAGAUGAGACAGUCACUUUUGUCGGCGUCUGGAACAGCCAAGACAAGUACAAGCUCGAGAGAUUCCACCAUCAGUUGGACAUCUGGAGACUUCUCGACAUAAGGGACUUUCUGUAUACGUUGCCCCUGAAUAGUUCCUUUGAGAAGAUUGUGGAGAAGUGUUUGGGGCACAAAGGAGUGAGGAAAGAUAAAGAGAUAAGUAUGAGUGAUUGGGGCGUUCGCAACCUUUCUCAUGAUCAGAUUGUUCUGGCGUCACAUGAUGUCUAUGUUUGCUGCAAGCUCGGUGUUAGGGAACGUCUCUGGCAGGAGUUACCAAUAUCAACGAACGAGCUCUAGUUUUAAAAAUAAUGACUGUCGUUUAAAAAAAAAAAUCAAUAAUUAACAAAUCUUAGUUCUAAGAUU